AUGGAGAGCCACGAAGUCAAAGAAUUCGUGCAUCCCGAUGGAACCUACUUGAGGGAGGAAAACCAUACCGAGAAACCCCAGGAAACGACAGAAACUUUCGUUCGUACUCACGACGCAGCUGUGGAAGAGCCAGAGAAUAAAGAGAAUUCGUUGGAUUUAAAGACUGAUGGCAGCUUCGCUUCGACGGGAGAUGCUUCGCUGAACUAUUCGGGAUUCGUGCGGGAUUUGGCUGAAAAGAAUCGCGAUGGCAACUACAAUCAGUCGCCUGACAUGAGCAAGCUGAACAUGUUGCAACAAGAGACACAAAUUUAUUCCUCCGACAAUCUCAACAUCCACUGUUGUCACGAGCGACGAUGGAUCGUUUGGCGCCACUGGUCUCAACAACGAACUCCAUUUGAAUACUCUGAAGGGAAUGUCAGUGUCGCUGGUCGUGAGGAGCGAAAUGAGAAAGAUGACUGGCCGAAGCUGCCGGCCGUCAAAGGUAGCGCCUUGCACGCCGAUGCUCCUUCCUUCGUUCCGCUGGCACAAACUGUCCAUCGUCCCGAUCAGCUGUCGCGUACGACCCUUGGUCAGCCGCAUUUGGACUCGCCGAUGGCCGAAUUCGACGUCGACCGUCGUCGCACCAACAGUCACGGCAACAUUCGUACCCGCCGCGCCCGUCCGCUGUCGCAGCACGUUGGCGAUCUGAUCAUGUGGCGCAACACGAAGGACUCUGCGGUUAUCUUCACCUUCGGCACUAUUCUUCUAUUGUCUCUCUCCUACUUCAGCCUGAUCAGCAUCUUCGCCUAUUUGUCCAUGAUCACGUUGAUGGUGAUUACCACGUUCGUAUUGAUGCGCCAGGUUACAUCGGCCUUUCAGCAACAGACGUCCGAGCAUCCAUUCCGAGGAGUAAUUGGGAAGGAUGUGGUUAUCAGUCCGGAAUAUGCCCAUCAGCAAUUAGACAGUAUUCUCAAGCCCUUGAAUAAUACACUGGUGAAGGUGCGCAAUUUGUAUUUGGCUGACAGUUUGGGACAGACACUGAAGUUAACCUUCAUCAUGUACCUCUUGACCUAUGUCGGUUCCUGGUUUAACCUGCUUACUCUGCUGACGGUUGUGUGGAUUGGUGCGUUCAGCAUUCCGAAGUUAUACGAGGCUAACAAGGAGCAAAUUGACAGUGUGCUGGAUGUGAUUCUGGAAGGUCUGCGUGACGUGCGUCGCCAGGUGAUGCGCGCGGCCAAUCAUCAGCUGGCUAAGAUUCGUCCCGGAGCCCGACGUGUUAAUUCCACCAAACGGGAAAACUUGGCCGGCAAGAUUCGUACGCAACCGGAAGUCGCUUCCAAGUUGGAAUGAAUGGAUAUCCGAUUUGCAUGGAGGAUUUUCUCUCACCGUUCGAUUUUUCUUUUCUUAACCAGAGUGAGACAUUAAUUUGUUCUUUUUUGAUCAUUUACUCUGUUCCUACGUAAUAUUUUCUGCUACUGAUGCUAUGUCAUUCCACUCAUCCAGUGUGAAUUGUGUACUGGUCGUUGUAAUUACAUUCUUUAAAGUUAAUUCCAUGGCGUUGAAAAGUUUUUGCCUGAAAUAAACGCGUUCCAUUG